AUGUCCGACCAGCAGAGGGCAGCAGAGGACGCCGCGUGCGCUUCCGCCGCCUCGGCGCACUGGCUCCCCCGAGGACGACAGGAGGGCAGUAAUCCUGGGAGUGACUGGGGCGCCCUCCUGUGGGCGCUGCAGCUGGGCCACCGCUGCGGUGUCCACCGUGGAAAAGUUCAUAUCCAAAGAGAGCAGGUACACCACGUGGAAGCGGUCUGCGCUGGUAAGACAGUUGGGAGGCAGGGCGGGGGGAACGCCGAGGCCGUGGCCGGGGUGGACCCCGCACGGGACGUCUGGGUCCGGGCGGAGGCAGGAGAGGCCGCCUCGCUGUGUGGCAGGGCGCCCGUUCUCUCCCGGUCCGCCCUCCGCGGGCUCGGAGCUCCGCAGCGGCGCUGGGCGGGCGGGGCGCAGGGCCGCGGAGGGCGCGGCAGCCCCUUCUCCUCGCGGCCCGCACCGCGCUGA